AUGGAUUUGAGAACCCCUCUAAUGGCAUGUUGUGGCCAUGGUGGACCGCCAUACAACUACAAUGCGGACAUCAAGUGUGGGCAAGCUGGUUAUGAAGUGUGCAAGGAAGGGUCUGGAUACAUUAGCUGGGAUGGAGUUCACUAUACAGAAGCUGCCAAUGCCUUUGUU